AUGAGCGGAAAAAUUCGAAGGAGUUUCGGCAACCGAUCGAGAAAGUCGCGUUUCGGUUUCGGAGUUGCUUCUUGGAAUCUUUUAUUUCACAUACUAGUUGUUCUGCUCCCAAUCAAUAAUGAUGAGAUCAAAAAAGGGGUGAGUCAAAGAGACCCUUCCCAAAUGAUUUUCUUCACUUUGAAGGACAUGAAAGUGGGGCAAAAUAUACCUAUUUACUUUCCCAAGAAAGACCCUUCAAGUUCUCCUCACUUGUUGGCCAGAUAUGAAGCUUCUUCAAUUCCAUUCUCAUUGAAAGAGCUCCCUAACCUUCUCAACUUCUUCUGUUUCUCUCAAGACUCUCCACAAGCCAAAGCCAUGGAGAGCACUCUAAGCUUGUGUGAGAUUGAGCCCAUCAAAGGGGAGACCAAAUUCUGUGCUACGUCCUUGGAAUCCAUGCUCGAUUUCGUACGUGGCGCGUUCGGGUUGGAGGAGAGUUUCAGUGUUGUAACAACUACCUUCUUGACCAAGUCAAGUACAACUUUCCAAAACUACACUAUAUUUGAUGUGCCUAAGGAGAUAUUGGCUCUCAAGAUGGUGGCAUGUCACACCAUGCAGUGUACUCAUGCAGUAUACUAUUGCCAUUACCAGGAGAGUGAGAACAAAGUGUACAAAAUCUCAUUAGGGGGUGAAAAUGGAGAUAAAGUUGAAGCUGUUGCCUUUUGUCACAUGGAUACCUCACAUUGGAGCCGUGAUCACGUGUCGUUCCGUGUGCUUAGGAUUGAACCGGGGACUUUUCCCGUGUGUCACUUCUUCCCGGCCGAUCAUCUUGUUUGGGUUCCUACACCUAGUACCAAGUGA